GACAACCAAGCGCUGACGCGGAAGUGUCUAACGCGGAAGCAACAGAGACUCCCUUUUUAUUUUUUGACGCAUGCAUUUGCACUUCGGGCACUUCUUAUAACGUGAAUACAGAUAUUAAAACUCCAGGCGUUUACAUUAUCAUAUAAUUACAGACAGAGGUGUGUGUGUGUGUGCGCGUGGUGUACAGGUAUGUGGACCGCCGGAGAAGCAGUGUUACGAGCCGUGGAGACGCCGCUGCUGUGGCUCGGUGCCUUGACCGCGGCCUGGCUGACCGUGUGCUCCGUGUGCCGGCUGCUCUCCGGGAUCAGGGUGUGGGUGCUGGGCAACGGACGGCUCGUGUCCCCCACCAAACUGGGAAAAUGGGCAGUUGUGACAGGAGCCACAGAUGGGAUUGGGAAAGCUUAUGCAGAGGAGCUUGCCCGCAGAGGCUUUGCCAUUGUGCUGAUCAGUCGCUCUCAGGAGAAGCUGGAUGACGUAUCCAAGGCGAUCGCAAGCAAAUGUGGUGUGGAGACCAAAACGAUUGCAGCUGACUUUAGCGCUGUAGAUAUCUACUCUAAGAUUGAAGAUGGACUUGCAGGACUGGAGAUUGGAGUAUUGGUGAACAAUGUUGGAAUAUCCUAUUCAUACCCGGAAUUCUUCCUCAACGUCCCCAAUCUCGACACUUUCAUCGACACCAUGGUCAACAUUAACAUAACCUCAGUGUGCCAGAUGACGCGUCUUGUUUUACCUCGUAUGGUGGAGAGGCAGAAGGGGGCCAUCCUCAACAUCUCAUCUGCCAGUGGGAUGUACCCUGUUCCCCUCCUUACUGUCUACUCUGCCUCCAAGGCAUUUGUGGACUUCUUUUCACGAGGACUGCAAGCUGAAUACAAGAGCAAAGGCAUCAUCAUCCAGAGUGUUCUGCCAUUUUUUGUUGCAACCAAGCUGAGUAAAAUUCGGCGGGCUACGCUGGACAAGCCCAGUCCAGAGCGCUACGUUUCAGCUGAGCUCAACACUGUGGGGCUACAGACCCAGACCAAUGGCUACCUGCCCCAUGCCAUUAUGGUAAGUCUGGGGCUGGGUGACUACAGCUCUGCUCCCGGCCAAGAUCCUCAACAGCCACGUGAUGGGCAUGGGUUUGUCCCAGCGCGCUCGUUACCUUAAGAAGCAGAAGCAGGGUUAGAUGGAUCUGCUGUGGCAGCAGACAGACAGAGGGGACCAGCUGUGCUAACGACGCGUCCCACUACCAUCAUAACGGACCUAGAAGAGAAAAUGUGAAUUUUGGGCAACAUCUCCGUUUUCCCUCCCUCCAUCUGGCCACAUUUGCCGUUAACAUUCUAUCCAAACAGUUAUGUGAAAAAAAGAAAAAAACAAACAAAGUGGUGCUCUUCAUCGAGUGAUCAGCUUUAAUGAAUGGAAUACUAGUGUGGAAAACUAAAAACGAUUCCCACAACUAUCCCAUCUGUCUGCAAAACAUGAUCGAAAAUGGAGCCUAGAUGAUGAGGGAAGGAUACAGAUCAUUUGGACAUUAAUAGCUUCCUUCCUCAUUCUUCCUCACCUUUUCAUUUAAUAUCAGUUUCAAAGCAAUCUGAUAGACACAUUUCUUGUUACUCACCAACUCAAAACCAUUAACUCUUGUGUUGUCUUCCUGACGACCAUGCAACUUUUAGUUUUUCUGGGUCAAAAUUAAACCAAAAAAGUCAAUGUUUGUCCGUUUUUUCAAAAGUUUUUGUCACUAUUUCUGAUGUUUAUAUUUUCUCAAUAAUGUUUGUGAAGGGGACGGCAUGUUUAAUUCCAAACCAAACCACAUUUCAUCUGUAAAAAAAAAGAAAAUGAUGGAGGAGGCUCUGUAGAUGAAUAACCAGCACAGAGGGAAAAAUGUUGGCGGAAUAUGAAAAUGGGUGUUUUGUUUACAAACUUAAGUUGAUUUCCAAAUCCAUUCUUUUCGACGGCGGUUAUUGUUUGGCACGACUUUAUAUACUGAAAUUCUUCAAAUUCUCUCAAAAAUACACCUGAUCCCGGUAUGGUUUGUUUGUGACUAUAAGUGUGCCACAUUACUCUCAAUGUUUUCCCCUGUAUUGUUGGAUUUGCUAAAAUGUUAAACCAAACCAAAAGUUGAGACAAACCAUUAACCUAGUGUAAACUCUGCUACAUUUCUUUGACUUUCUCUUUUGAAAACUACAUGUAUGUUGAGUUUGCUCAUACAGUAGAGUCUAAUGUUGUCGUUGGUUUGCACAGAUGUCCGCUUUCACUUCCCAUUUCACUCUUAAUAACUAUAGGUGCAGAAGCAGGGGACCAACUUCAGUUCUAAGUGUUUUGCUCAAGGGUAAAUGCAUUAGGUAUUAAGCAUGUUCCUAACACAUGGGCUGCAUUUAGGCUGGGGGGAAAAGCAGAGCACACCAGAACCCCUGGAAAACUACAAUGCAUUUGUUCUUCCAGCCAUCAAUAAAUAUCAGUUCAAAUAA